AUGGUGCGAUUUCUUUCUGGCUUCGCCUCCGGUCUUUUUGGCGGGGGUUUUGUGUGCGCCGUCUCUUCUGCGUGGCAAUUGCAGCCUCUUGUGGCGGAGUGUGCCGCACGAAAGUCAACAUUUACGCCUGAUGAAUUUCGCCCGUUUAAACUCCUUUCAUCGCGGUAUGAGUCUCACGAUACGCGGCGGCUGUACUUUGGGCUUGAGAGCGCAGAAACACCGUUUUCAAUGCCUGUAGCCUCCUGCAUCGUCGCGAAGGUAACGGAUGCGGAUGGAAAGGAUGUGUUGCACCCCUUCACACCCAUCACGGCGAAUAACACGAAGGGACACUUUGAAGUGAUCGUCAAUAAACGGCCAAAGGAUAAGAUGAGCACACACCUCUUUCAAAUGCAGCCCGGUGAGGAGCUGUUGGUGAAGGGCCCAUUUGAAAAGUUUGUGUAUAAAACAAACAUGUGGGACAGUGUGGGUAUGCUCGCCGGCAGCACAGGAAUAGCGCCCAUGUACCAACUCUUGCAGGAGAUCUUGGCAAACCCAAAGGACAAGACGCAUGUUUCUCUGGUCUACGCGAAUAACCAACGUCGUGAUAUUUUACUGGCGAAUGAACUGACAACCCUUCAGAAGACCUACAACAACUUUAAUCUCUAUCUAACUCUACUGGAAGUUCCACACCGAUGGUUGGGCGGGAUUGGGGCCAUCAAUGAGGCAAUGAUCCGAACUUAUAUGCCGAAACCAGGUCAAAAACGUACAAAGAUUCUUGUAGCAGGUCCACCUGCAAUGUUAGCGGAGUUAGCAGGCGAUAAAGUCUUUGCGGAAGGCAAAGCCCCUGAGCAGGGUCCACUACUUGGACUUUUAAAGAAUUUGGGUUAUACUGAAGAUCAAGUGUUCAAGUACUGA